UACGCGGCCAGCAGUAUUCCUUCGACUCUGUUAACCUCCAUUCACAGCCACACAGUAAAUAAAAGCAUGGAGGCUCUCGGGAUCUAACACUGAACAGCGGGGGGUAAAGACACUGCCGCAUGCGCUUUCCCCUCAUCAAAUCCACCAGGAAGGAAACACGGAAGCGAUGAACCUUUGAAGUGUUGCACUGAACUCGUUUUGCGUGGAAAAGGGGGAUCGGAGCUGGCAACAGGAGCGGGGCAGCCCGCCGUGCCGAGCAUGAAGCGGACGGCUGGAGUGGCCAGGCACAAUGGCCUCGUCUCUCCGUUGGGGAACAACAACUCUGGGGCUUCCAGCAUCGUCUCGCCUCCCCAGCAGAGAGCGACUUGUAUCUCCUCCUGUGCAGAGACGGGGAUCGGCGGGGGGAUGGACGGCCUGCUGGAUUUCUCCAAAGGCCCUACUGUUAAAACCGAGCUGAUAUGUAAAUGGAUCGACCGAACUUCUUCCAGACAGAGGCUUGGGCGGACAUCCACAUCCGUCUGUGACCAAACUUUCAGCUCCAUGCACGAGCUGGUGGACCACGUCACCACCGAGCAUGUAGCAGCGGGGCUGGAGACCCUCAGUCAUGUCUGCAUGUGGGACGAGUGUAUCCGCGGAGGGAAGGCGUUCAAAGCCAAAUACAAACUCAUCAACCACAUUCGCGUGCACACCGGGGAGAAGCCUUUUUCGUGCGCAUUCCCCAACUGCGGCAAGAUGUUCGCACGCUCCGAGAACCUCAAGAUCCACACACGCACACACACUGGUGAGAAGCCGUUCCAGUGUGAGUUUUGCGAGCGGCGAUUUGCCAACAGCAGCGACCGGAAGAAGCACUCACAGGUCCACACAGCAUCAAAGCCCUACGACUGCAAGGCUCUUGGCUGCACCAAGUCCUACACCCACCCCAGCUCCCUGCGGAAACACAUGAAGGUUCACGUCAAGUUGUCACCUACCUCUGAACCCCAGGACCCGUACGGCUUGGUCCCUCAUCAACUCGAACAACCUCAUCAGGCUCUCCUCGAGCCCCUGGAUCUGAAGAUUAACCGUCUUUCUCCACCCUUCGGCAACAGACACAUAAAUUUCCCGCUUCUGUCUCAUCAUGAAUUGAAUAUUAGCUCAGCCAGCGAAGUGGACAGUAAGCUGCUGCUGCGUAGCUCGUCUCCAGCAGCGAUGCCUCUGGAUCUGUCUUUGUCUGGCCUGAAAAGUCAGCUGGCUCAGAAGCAUCAGAGUGGCAGGACCCCCAGGCGGAGCCAGCGCUCAGUAAACCCAGCCUUACCUCACUUGUCUAACAUUAAGGAAUGGUAUGUCUGUACCAGGACUACAGCACCACACUAUCCUCUUCUUCACCCAGACCACAUCAAAUCAGAACCUAGUGAUGAUGAGGAGUAUGUCACAUAGGAUGGAGGAACUAUUGAACUCGAGUGAUGAACAGGCAAGCGAGCUUUUCUGUGGAAUCAUAGUUGCUGUUAUUUUCUGGGACCAGCAGUUGUAUGAUUUAACAUCAGUGUCCAUUUUCAGAAGGAAGAUACCCGUGGAGGUUUCACUUCUACUCAAAAAAAUAAAAACUGUCUGUGGACCAAAAGCGAUCGCUUAGAUGUUUCUAGAAGGGUGAAGAGGAAGUCCAUUUUUCUUGUAAACAAAGCAAAAAUGUUCACAAAUCACUGUCAGCUACCUGUCCUGAACUUAAAGAGCAUAACAUUGUAGAAAUGGACCAAGGAAUGUACGUAACUGCUUUUGUUGCUGUUAAAGAAUAGGAAAUGAUUCACGUAUGAUGACCUUUAAAGUGAGGAAGAUCUGCCGGGGUGAAAAAGCAAGUUCAAGGGCUAACAUGACUCUGAUAGAAGCGGUUUGUGUCAACCUGAUUGGUAGCUCAGCAGGUCCACAACAGCAGAUGCAAUGGGUAUAAGCAGGUGUGAGAUCUGAGUAUGAGUUAAACAAAGGAGUGUACAGUGACAUGCAGUUACAAAAAGGUUUGGUUCUGUUCUCAGAGAAGGGUUUCUAUGCCGUUUGGAGAUGCCAUAAGUAUUGUGCUUGGAGGAAAAGUUGAGCCUCUACUGACAAAACAUUUAUAGUAACGUGUUCAAAAGUGUUUCAUCGGAUCACAGUCGACUCUGCAGCCGUCAGGUUAGGGAGAGUGGGACAUCUUUGUACUAAUUUUCAAAUCUUAACCUCGUCAUCUCUAAAGACAUUUCAACGGAUAACUCACCAGCAUUUGUUUACACUCCAUCUUUUUUCAAUUAUUUGAGAAUUAUCAUAAAUGUCAUACCUGUAUUACUUUUAACAGUAGAAUGUGUAUUAAAUUAUGGAAAUAACAUGUUGUAUUUUCCCUUUGAUCAAAUGUUGCAGCCAUGAAAACGGUUGUCUUGAAACAGAAUAUAUCGUGUAAGGUUUUGGUAAAAUGAUAAAUCUAUGUUCAAAUCUGCUGCACUGAGAAUACUUUAAAUGGUUACUACGUUACUUUACCAAUAUACAUUAUACACACACCCCAGGUCUGUUCAAGCUGGAUUUGAACCUGGGAGAAAACAUAGCAGAGGAUUUACCUGAACUGUCUCACAUACUCGGCACAGCAUUGCAAUGAUGCACAACCACAGAGGAACUUUUUAGUCUCACAGUUUUGUAAGUAAGAAGAGCAACGGACAAUACGGCUGUGACAAUAAAUGUAUUGAAUGAAA